GACAUUUGUAUUCGCACCACAAUGUCGAGGAGUUUCCAAGAAGUCACUAGAAUUGGACUCAAAUCUCUAUUCUUUGAGUAAUGAAGAAAAAAUCAAUGAUUUGAAGUCUCAGUUAAAGGAGAAUAAUUUGCUUCGAAUUCUUCUCAAGAAUUUAUACAAAGAAUAUAAUGUGAAGGAAGAAGAGGAAAAGGAGCCAAACAUAUG